GCCGUUUCACUUUUCCUAGCUUGUCGCCUGUUAGAAAGAGCUCGCGUUUGGUUCGCCGGAGAGCCAGAGGAGAGAGAAAGUUAGAGAGAGAGAGAGAGAGGAGGGGGGGAGGAAUAUUACUUUUCCUCCUUUGAUUUCUCUAUCUCUAAUCAUCGUCGAUUAUCGUAAUUGGUUUGAUUUGAGGACGACGAUUAAAGCCAAAAGUAGACAUUCAUGGCCAAGUGAAAUUAUGGUGUUUUGAUAAGAAUUACUAGUAAUUUCUCAUUUUAUGGAUCAGACACAGAACUAGAGCUGUUACUCCCUGUUGAUUAUCAUACUUAUUCCCUUUUUACCAUGUGGAGUUCAAUUUCUAAUGCCGUUGCUGUCUUUGGACCAAAGAAGAAUUCUGUUGAUCCAACUCGAGCUUGUUCAGACUACUCAGAUGAUGAGACCGGUUCCAAUGCCAGCACAGAGGAAGGACUGGAAUGCCCAAUAUGCUGGGAAUCCUUUAAUAUUGUUGAGAAUGUGCCCUAUGUCUUAUGGUGUGGCCACACCAUCUGCAAGAAUUGUGUUCUAGGGCUUAAGUGGACUGUCUUGAAAUUCUACAAUCAACAAAUCAAGAUCCCGCUCUUCAUUUCCUGUCCAUGGUGCAACUCGUUGACGUUGCGGCUGGUUUACAAGGGAAAUCUCAAAUUUCCUUGCAAGAAUUUCUUCAUUCUCUGGAUGGUUGAGAGCUUGAAUGGUGACAGGGUGAAGUCUACUUCCUCAAUUUGUGGGGACCAUCAACCAAUUUGGUCUCCAAGAAGCCUUCCAAUGCUUGGAAAUCAAGCCAGAAACAUUAGCCUCAGGAGGCCAUCAUGUACUCAUCGUCUAGGACAUUCAGGAUCUAACAGUAAUGAUGAUAGACACACCAAUAGUUGUCUUAAUGUGGAGAGACCCCAUCUUUCCCUUCAUAAAUCCCUGGAUUUCUUUUUUCAUUUUACGGCAAAGUUGCCACUGGUGAUCAUACUUCUUCUGAUUGUUUUUUUUGCGAUACCUGCCAGUGCUGCCAUUUUGGCAUUGUAUUUGCUAAUCACUGUUCUUUUUGUGAUCCCAUCUUUCCUGGUAUUGUACUUUGGUUAUCCUAGUUUGGUUUGGCUAAUAAAAGAAAUCACCUCUUAAGAGAUCGUUGGUUCC